AUGAAAAAAUUAAAAAUUAGUGGGGUUAAUGUGAUCAGAGUGGUUUUUUUUAUUUUAUUCGAUUUAUGGUUACAAGCAAGAGCCUGUUUUGUUUUUUUCUUGGUUGCAACAUUAUCUUUAAAUUUAGAUAGUGCUUUGGCUGCUUUCCCACCAGAUGUCAAUUUUAAUAACAAUGAAUGGAAUCCAACAUUGUUGACCCAAUUCAUCCAAUAUUCCCAUGAUAGGGGUCUCGCCGUUCACAAUAUGUUAUCGCUGAAUUGUACUGCCAUAAAUUGUUAUACCUUCUUCAGCACUGGACAAUACAUUAGUAGUGUCACUCUAUUGACUCAGGUCGGUGGAGAUGGUCUUCAUUUGGACAUUGAACAAUUCGGAAGUAGCUGGGCAAACACAUCCUUCCAAUAUCUCAAGUCUGUCAACAACAAGUAUGUCGCUUCGAUGGCUGUCGGUUGCUAA